UUGAACAGACAUCUGGCUGGGGCUGAACAGCCUUGAGGUGGCAGAUGGCUUGAAUCAGGCAGAGGAGGAACCUGUUGCUGAAGCUCCGCGUGGGCGCUUCUGGUUCCCGAAGCCGUCAGGGCUCGGCUAUAGCGCGUUGUGCAGGUCCAUCAUGAAUGAGAAACAGGACUCAAACUUUUCAGAAAACUGGCAUCAUAUUUGGACUGUCAAUGACACAAAGCAUUAUCUGUAAACAGACAUCAACAUUACCUAUGUGACCUACUAUCUUCACUGGGCUCAAGUGGCAGCGAUCUUCAUUAUUUCCUAUUUUGUGAUCUUUUUCCUGUGCAUGGUGGGAAAUACAGUGGUUUGCUUUAUUGUAAUGAGGAACAAACAUAUGCACACAGUCACUAAUCUCUUCAUCUUGAACCUGGUGAUCAGUGAUUUACUAGUUGGCAUAUUCUGCAUGCCUCUCACACUGCUGGACAACAUUAUAGCAGGAUGGCCAUUUGGAAGCACAAUGUGCAAAAUCAGUGGAUUCAUCCAGGGAAUAUCAGUUGCAGCUUCAGUCUUUACUUUGGUUGCAAUAGCAGUGGAUAGGUUUUGGUGUGUCGUUUACUCUUUUAAACCAAAGCUCACUAUCAAGACAGCAUUUGUCAUUAUUAUAAUAAUCUGGGUCCUGGCCAUUGCCAUUAUAUCUCCAUCAGCAAUCAUGUUACAUGUACAAGAAGAAAAAUAUUACCGAGUGAGACUCAACUCCCAGAAUAAAACCAUUCCAGUCUACUGGUGCCGGGAAGAUUGCCCAAGUAGGGAAAUGAGAAAGAUUUAUACUACAGUGUUGUUUGCCAAUAUCUACCUGGCUCCCUUGUCCCUCAUUGUCAUCAUGUAUGGAAGGAUUGGAGUUUCACUCUUCAAAAUGACAGUGCCUCACAUGGGCAAACAGAACCAGAAGCAGUGGCAAGUGGUAUCUAAGAAGAAGCAGAAGGUCAUUAAGAUGCUCCUGAUCGUGGCCCUGCUUUUUAUUCUCUCCUGGCUGCCCCUCUGGACUCUGAUGAUGCUUUCAGACUAUGCCGACCUGUCUCCAAAUGAACUGCAGAUCAUCAACAUCUACGUCUAUCCUUUUGCACACUGGUUGGCCUUUUGCAAUAGCAGCAUCAACCCCAUCAUUUAUGGUUUCUUCCAUGAGAAUAUUCACCGUGGUUUUGAAGAUGCUUUUCACCUCCAGCUCUGCCAAAAAAGAGCAAAGCCCAAGGAAGCCUACACUCUAAGAGCUAAAAACAAUGUGGUCAUAAAUACAUCUUAUCAGUUAGCCUUGAAAUCUACAAUUCAAACUCCACAUGAGGAAAUCUGCUUAAGAAAAAGUGCUGAAAACCCCAAACAGGAAGUAAUGAUUGAAGAAUUAGGAGGAGCUACCAAUAGCAAUGAGAUUAAAGAAGAGCUUGUGUGAUGAUUUUAACUAUGUGUCAUAUAUUGAAAUACUGUUGCUUUCUAUGACUUCGUAUUUCAAUUCUUUUAAGGAUGUUCCAUAGGGGGAAAAAUGUAUAGAAAGCCCUCUCUGGAAAAAAAAAAAUAAACAAAAUAAUCAUGUUCAUAACCAAUUUUACGUUAUUAAAAAUAUGUACAGUAGCUAAUAUACAAGUUUACCUGGAUAAAUCUAUAUUCUAGUAACAGAUUUCAAAGCCUGACCUUCUCCAACUUACCCAUUUGUGUAUAGUCAAGCAUGUGUAUUAUGUCUAUGGAUACACACAGUCCCCAUAUGGUGAUAAAUGGGCAGGUCUCUGCA